AAACAAGAAAGAAAGAGAGAGAGAGAGGGGAGUUAUAUAAAUGGGUUUCGGAGAAGGGAAAGGGGAGGAAGGGGAAGAGAAAGAGAUAGAGAGAGAGAGAGAGAGCGCUUUGCGGUGAGGGGAGGUGGGUUCUUUGUUUUUCCUUCGAUUUGAUUGGAAAUUAACGUAGGAAAUGGCCGUUGGGAGCAGGAUUUUGAUUGGUUUCUUGAGCUGCUAUCAAUGAAUGACAUCUCCUUCAUGGCUGCUAUGGGGUUGGAAGCUCUGCGCUUGUCAUACUUUGUGGAUUUCAAGUCCUAGCUUCAGGUGGGGCUGAAUGACAGUAAUUGGUGAAAAGAAGGGCCUUGUUUAUGAAUGGUGGUAACUUACAGGUUUAUAGGCAUCAGGCUCACAUAAUUUAUCUCAAUCCAAUUUAUACAUUGGUGAAUUAUAUCAAAAUUCAUUUCUAGUCCACUUUCUUUAGCUUUGAUUGGAUUGGUCAUUCUGGAUUUGAUCAUUUGAGAAGAUCAUGUGGGGUUCUUUUCUACUUCUAUCCAUCAAAGAGAAAUGGUGUUAAAAAUGGAAUGAGGAAUCCCAGCUAUUCUAGGGAGCUAGGGUAGAUCUAGUGAUUAAUGGUUAUAGGAACAAAAGGGAAAAGGAAGAACGAGAAAACAAGUUUAAGUGAACACUAAACCAUCAGCAUUAAAAAUUUGUGCAAUGGGCUUGCCUCAAGUUUCUCCCAAAGGAACUGAUGAAGUGACAACAACUCGGAGCACACUUGUUUCAACCCCACCUCGGUUUGGUGGUGUAAGCAGCUGUGAUUUGGAUGGGCUGCAUGGAGGAAGUGCAAAUAACAGGAUUGCCGUGGAUUUUCCAUGCUCCUCCAUCAGUGAUUUUCAGAGGAAAACCUCGUUGGAACUCUCAAAAGGAGCAGAUGGGCCGUUUAAAUGUAGAAAUGCCAUUGAUGGUGCUCCAAGCUUUCAAGGGCUGAAAAUUGAUUCUAGGGAUACAAAUGGCUGGUUACUUCCGAAAAUGGGACAGAGUGUUCAGCAGCCUGUUGUGAGGGUUGUGGGUUUUGAAUCAAAUCAACCAGGGUCCUCUGUUAAUGGUUUUGAGAGGAAUGCAGUAGAUGGAAUUCAUCCCUCCAUAGCUAUUGGUGGAUAUGAUCCGUCAACUGAUUCUCAUGGCCCACAAGUGAGGAAACGCUUGCUGUCUCCUCUGAAUAGCAUGCUUCAUAAGCCAUUCCAUGGUGACCUGUUAGACAUUGCUUGUGCUGAUGCUAGAAUUGAUUCCUCUGGCUCAUUUAGGAAACAUAGUAUUUUUUCAUCACAUGAUUUUAAGAAAGCCAAUUUUGGAAAUGCUGAUUGCUCUGAAGCUCCAGGUUGGUCUGUCUCUAGAUGUUCAAAUUGGAGUAACAUGUUAUUAGAUCAUGGUAGUAUGACUUGUGAUGUGCUCACAGAUGGUCCUUUGCUUGAGAACAAGGAGCCCUUUUCCUAUCAUCAAUUAUCUUCCUGGGGAGUUGAUCCUAGCAAAGGAAAAAGUAAGUUAAGACCCUUUACUAGGGGAAUAGCCAUAUCACCGAAAAAGGUACACUCGCCACCACUCUCCUUGUCUCCUCUUGGUCCUAAAUGGGCUGAAAGAAUGAAAAUUGCAGGAGUUCACAGGGACAUUGCAAAAGACAUUGAAAGUGAUUUUUCAGUUUUAAAGGAUAGUAAAGGAUCAAAUGGUGGGAAUGGAACUAGAAUGCUUAUAUCAUCAGAAGCUAAUUUUAGAACGAGAGAUACAUUACAAGAGACUGGCAUGCUGCAUGAUGAAUUAGAUACAUUUACCCCUCAAAGAAUCUCAGAUAUAGGCCAGAACUGGGGUCCUGAGUCUGCACCCACGUCUCAUUGCAUGAGUCAAAUUCAAAGUUUGAGCAUGCUUCCGGUCAGGAGAUCAUUGGUUGGUUCGUUUGAAGAGUCUCUCUUAUCUGGUCGGUUCUCAUCUGGGAAAGUUAGUCAGAGAAUUGAUGGUUUUCUGGCAGUGCUUAAUGUCACUGGAGGAAACUUUUCGCCACCAUCUCAGAAACUUCCUUUUGCUGUCACAAGCAUUGAUGGUGAUAGCUCUUUGCUAUACUAUGCGUCGAUUGAUCUUGCUGGAAGUUCAUCAUCAAACAAGUGUAAAGGCCCAAAAUUGAGAAGAAGCCUGAGCAGUGAUGAUUCUCGAGCAGUCAACAGUCGCUUGCGCAUUCCUAUGAAAGGACGCAUACAACUGGUUCUAAGCAACCCGGAAAUGACUCCUCUGCACACAUUCUUUUGCAACUAUGAUUUGAGUGAUAUGCCUGCUGGAACAAAGACAUUCAUGCGUCAGAAGGCUGCUUUAGUGUCUCCUGUGGCUCCUCCAAAUCCGGGGAAAGAAGAAGCUAAGGAUCAUGACAUCAAUGUUGGAUGUAAAGCUAUACCAGUUUCUGAUGGAAGUGUACAUAGCAAGAGUUCUGUACAUAAUGGUGACAGUCAUCAUCAUGACAUGGCCAAUAAAAGCAUAGGAAAGAUAAGCUCAACAUUUUUCUCAUCCAGAGACUGUCUUGGAGAAUCAAAUGGAUUUGACUGUGUCAUGAAUGCAAAAACUAGUACUAAAUUCAACAACAGCGGGUCUCAAAAAAUUGAUAAGGGUAGCUUUAGUCAAUUGGAUAUGCGUCAUUUAGCUAAUAGGAAGUCUGUUAAUAGCUCUUCAAAGGUCAAUGAUAAUACAACUGGUGCUGGUGCUCUCCGUUAUGCUCUGCAUCUUCGUUUCUUAUGUCCUCCUCCUAAGAAAUCCUUAAAGUUGAUGCAGAGAUGCAAAUCUGAUCCUUCUUCAGUACCACAAACAAAAAACAUGGACAUCGAGGAGCGACGCUUUUAUUUGUACAAUGAUCUUAGAGUUGUGUUUCCACAACGUCAUUCAGAUGCAGAGGAGGGCAAGCUACGGGUGGAGCACCAUUUUCCAGCUGAUCCGAAGUACUUCGGCAUAAGCAACUGACAGGGUUCGAUGACCUUCAUGGCUGCCUUGGCCAUGGUCAACUGUACAUGCCUCUGACUACCUCAGUCAUCUUGUUGUUUACCAUUUCUCCAUCAAUCUGUAAAGGAUUUUCGUUCUUUAGUGAUCGGUUAUCUCCGCAUCUCAGUAUUCUUUCCAUUUGCUUGAAUUUUAUUCUCUUUCA